CAUAGUUAAAACCCAGGAAGUAGGUUAGCUUUAGCAAUCAAGAUAGAAAAAUUAAAAGCUGCAAUGUUUGCAAACAAAAAGUUUAGGAGUCUAAACACAGGGUGUGCCUCAUUUUAACUAGAUCACAUGACGCAGCAGUAUGUCUGGAGAACAUCAGCAGCAGUCUAUAAAUGAAGCUGUGAAGGGCUCUCUCAACUGAAAGCAAAUAGAGAGUACUUGGGACACACUUGGGCUGCCUUCAAUUCUGGAUAAUGCCCUUAAGCAAAAUGAGAAAAGAAGGCCUUGACGAAAAUAAGGAAUCAGAAGAAAUCUGUGAAGAAACAACUGGCAUUGAAGGCACAGCUGAUGAAGAGCCCAAAGAACAAUGUCAGAAACAAAAGCACCUAAUGAAAAUACCAAAAAAUAUUAAAAUGAAAAACAUUUUAAAACACAAAAAGAGUUCAAAAUCUGAAGCUGCUCUAACCCCCGAAAAACCGUUAGAAGUGGACCUUGACACCAUUGAAGGCAUUGCAGAUUCUCCUGGUGUUUCUGAAGUGGCAUGUCAGAAACACAAAAUCAAAAUCAAAUUAACAGAAAAAAUGAAAAUUCUUGACUUCAAGAAAUGGCAGAAGAAUCCAAAAUCCCCUGAAACUCCACCAGUGGAGCGGGAUUUCAAUGGGAACCUUGAGGAGAACCGUUUGGCUGAAGCACAGCAGCAACUUGUGGAAGCUGAGGAACGUCUCUUCAGUUCAAAAGAGGCUAGGGCAGAAGAUGAGGAAGACAAGCUGCAGAGAGACUAUGAGAUCUUUGUGUUGCGACUGAGAUUGGCCAUCCAUGACUCCAUGAGUGAAGACAACCAGGAGACACUCAAGAGUGCAUUGACUUCAAUACUUAAAGAGGAGGCACAGGACAGACGCUGGGCGGAAGUGGCUGCGGAUCAACGUCCAGUAUGGCGGCCUAGAAAGUGCAGAAACAUCCAUGACACAUCGCUCCAGAAUAUCGUGGAGGAAAGAAUGAAGAAUGCAGAUGAACAGGAGAAUAAAGCAGACAACCUGUCUACCUCCUUGAAGAAAGAGGUGUGCCGAAUGGGCAAACAAGUACAGAAAGACCUGCUCAGAGUGGUCCGAAAUCUGAGAGAGUGUUACCCACCAGACUUUGAGAUCUGUAGGACGUAUGCUCAUCUCUACCAUCAAGCCUUUUCCACCAGACUCCAGGAGCUCGCCAGAUCUGAAAUCAGUUGUGAGGAAUGCCUCUAUAUAUUGAGUUGGAUUGUGGAGUACUACCCAAACGAUGUACUGAAGCAUAAAGAAUUAGAGGAGCACAUCAACAGUUCAGGACUUGGACCUCUGUUACCUGAAGAAGAUCUUAAGAGAUUAGAGGAACAGUACUUCUCUUACAAAGAGAGCGAGAUUAAAAAAUGGUUAUUCACUGCUUUUGAGAAAGAAGUGAAAAAAUGGAGUGAUGGCAGCGAACCAGAGCUGUUGGAUGGAUACUACUUCAGUAGCCUUGCUGUAGAUGUUUUACCACUUGUUGAUGGGGCUGUAAAAGAUGUCAACACAUUUUUGAGCUGUGAAAGCAAAGCCCGGAGUCUUCUAAACCAGCUGGACAGCGUUCUUUUGAGCUAUAAGACACGUCUGGAGGAACUUAUUAAAAGAAAACAAGAAAAUAUUCCUAAAAUUCUCAGUGCUACUCUGGUUAAUAUUUACCAGUUUAGGGAUUACGUACAAAAACCAGAACAUUUGUUUUCAGAGGACACCAGAACAGCCUGCCUGUCCACAUUAGCAGAUCUCAAAAACAUUUGUCACAAGCACUUCCUCAGUCGUAUUCACUCCGAACUAAAGCCGCUGUACCAUAAACUAUGGACUCAAGUUUGGUUUGCUGGACAUUGUGAGGUUGUGGAGGAGUUGGUGAAGGCACUUGAGAAUAACAUAGACAGUGUCAAAGAGCUCCAGCCUGUCUGCAGAGAGGAGCUGCUGGCUGAGCUGCAUGUAAACGUAAUGGUUGAGUAUGUGAGGCGAAUGAUGAAGAGAAAACUGAGACUGAAAGACAAAGAGCAGCAAGAAGCAGCUGCUGAGUUCAUCUGCCACGACAGCAAUAAAAUCUGCUCUGUGUUUGCCAAAGUGGGAUCCAGAGAGGAAUGGCUCUGUCAGAUACUGCCAAAACUGUCAGAGAUUCUAAAACUGCAGGAUCCUGGAAGUUUGCAGCUUGAGAUUGUUACUCUGGCAAGAGACUAUCCUGACAUUAGUGAGCAGCAUGUUCUUGCUCUCCUAAACCUGAAGACCAACCUUUCAAACUCAGAUCUGCGCAGGAUCAAAGGGUCUCUAAGUGAACACAGAGGAACACCAGACACCGAGUCCUCCACUUCCUUCUUCUCUAAAGUAGUCGUCAAACGGAAAAUCACCUUAAUGCCGUGAUCCAUCUAUAGCUAUGUUAAACAACUGUGAUACAUAAUCAGUAUUGUGUGAUGUAUUACUUAUUAUUAAGAAAACUCAGUGAUAUUAUUCUGUUCUUCUCUACUGAUUUGACUUUGUUCACCAAAACUAAAGUCUACCGGACAAUGAGUCCUCUACUUACUCCUAUGCUUUUAAUAUAGUAAAUAUAGGAAGAAUAUGUCAGUCAUUAAUGUAAAUGUAAAACAUGUAAACAUGUUAAAUGUAGAAAAAGUUACAUCCUUUUGCUAGCAGUUGGCACUAUGAAACUGAAUAUUAGCCUUAAGACAUGUUCAGGCCAGUGAACUGCUAGUAUGUUUCUAGCAUGUUUAGCACAAAAUAGCAUGUUUAGCACAAAAUGGCAUUUUUUGCUGUACUUUUAAUAGUCCAUCACAGUGUUAAAUAUGUCACUUCCGGUUGCCAGCAGGUGGCGCUAUGACUAUAACUGAAUAUGGGCAUGUAGUUAUCUUCAGGCCAGGACUCUUAUCAAAAAUGUGAAGUUCGGGGCAAACUGGACAUUGUUUGCUUGAAUUACAAAAACGUCCUGUUCCAUGGCUUUAACAACAUGCUUUAGCACUUAGUAAGUGUUGCUAGCAUGUUUGAGCAUGUUUUUAGCAAGUUUAGCACUCAAUGGCUUAUUUUAGUGUGUUGCUAAUAGUGUAUCACAGUGUUAAACAUGUCACUUCCCGUUGACAGUAGGUGGCGACUAUGACUAUGACUGAAUAUUGGCACAUAAAUGUGUUCAGGCCAGGACUCUUAUCAAACCUGUUAAGUUUGGGGCAGAUUGGACAUUGCAUGCCUGAGUUACAGUAACUGCCUGUUUUAUUGCAUUAAUAACAUGCUUUAGCACUUAGCUAAGUGUUGGAAACAUCAACAUUUUUCAGGGCACCAGGGACAUGCCCCCUCGACGAAAACUCAAGAUCUUAGCAAUUUAGCAUCGCAAAGGCCUUAUGAUAACACUCAGCAAAUUUGAAGAUGAUCGGAUUAAAACUGUAGGCAAAAAUCGUACAGGAGAUUCAAUAUAACGGACUUCCUGUUGGGUUUCGGAUGUUGUACCAGGAGACUUUUUUGUAGGUAUUGGUGUGUUACAUGUGUGUACUGAGUUUCAUACAUGUACAUGAAACGUAGCUCAAAGCGUUCUCCGUUAAAAUGUUAUAGGUGGCACUAUUGAGCCAUUUUGCCACACCCACUUCCAAAACCCACAUCAGAUGUACAUUUUCGCCAGGUCUGACAUGUGUGCAAAGUUUCGUGAGUUUUCAAGCAUGUUUAGGCCCUCAAAAAUGCAAUUCACAUUGGAAGAAGAAGAAUAAAUGGAGCAAUUCCAAUAGGGUCCUCGCACUGCAGUGCUCAGGCCCUAAUUAUCCAUCCAUUCAGUAUUCAAUCAGCAUUACGUCCAUAACACCUUAACCUCUGCAGGGUCACAGGGGGCUGGAGUCUAUCCAAGCUGGGGAUACCCUAAACACAUGGCCAGUAUAAUCAGAAAAUCUGUGAAGUGCCAACAAUCUAAAUGGUAAGACAAAUGUAAAAAUAAAAAAGAUGUAUAUAUACGUAUUUAUUAAUGAAGAGUGUUUUCGCUUUAGUUGAAUGCAUGUUCAAAGCUUUGAAAAUAAAGACUUAUUUUCAAAAAUUAUUUUGUAACACACCUUGGUUUACAAUACAGUAAUACAGUAUGAAAGCUGCUCAGAAAAUAGCCUUUGUCUUUCAUUUACAGUAGCUAAAUGUUUAAAUUUGUCAGAGAGAAAGAUCCAUUAUUGCAACUAUAAAUCGGUUAACCAAGUAUAUAAAUAUAUAAAAAAAAAAAAUUAAGCAGUUUUGGCUAUUGAACGUUUGCUGUUGUGUUUUUCAUUGGCAAUUGUGAAAUGUUGUUUGCAUCAGAUAAAUAAAGCAAAUAUAAAGAGA